CAGCUUCACCCGCUGCGUUCAUUUUUAUUACAGUUUAUGUGGUUAACCUUGAUUUUAACAGAGCCAUGUGGCAUCUCAUUCAAAUCUAUCCACGUACAUUUCUUAUGUAAGAAAAAUUUACAGUUCGCAAGAUAAAAAUGAAGGAUAAUAAUGGAGAAAAACUUUAAUGUUUUUACUGCUGAUAACGCAUGAAUAUAUAAAUAUAUUGGCUUACAUUUGAACAUAGUUACAAGGAUGAGACGUUCAAGAAUAACUAUCAUUGUUGCAGCGAUUUUACUUUCCUGUACAACUUUGACAUGUGGCCAGGAACAGCAGAAGAAAAGCAUUUGUCAGACGUUGCAAUAUAGGGCACUGAGUUUACAACAGCAGAAUGAGCACCAGUGUAUGAUUCUAGAAAAACUUCAUGAUGAUUUUGACCAGGAAAAGAGCAUGCUUAGAUCUCAGUAUCAAGAUUUAUACACUAUGAUCAGUAAAUUUCAGACGAGUAUGUACAGAAAUGUUGCUGCUUUAAAGGCACCUAGUAGGGACAGCCUUAAGUCUAUACCAAACCUCCAUGAUAUUCCAUUAGUAAGAGACUGCAGUGAGCUUCAUUUGCACGGUAUUACUCUGAGUGGAAUCUACCCAGUCCGCCUCCCUAACAGGAAAAUCGUGAAUGUAUGGUGUGACAUGCAAGGUGGGGGUUGGAUGACCAUUCAGAAACGAAUAGACGGCUCGGUGAACUUUACCAGAAAAUGGGACAAUUAUGCAUUUGGAUUUGGCAACGUAAACUCAGAAUACUGGUUAGGAAAUGAAAAUUUAUACUGGCUAUCGCAUUACAAGAACUACAGUAUAAGGUUUGAACUUUGGGACUGGGAAGGCAAUCAUGCGUACGCAUUGUAUGAUUAUUUCCGGGUUGAAAAUGAACAGAUGGGCUAUCAGCUAAGAAUUCAGGGAUAUUCAGGAACAGCGGGAGAUGCAAUGUUUCCUUAUCACAAUGACAUGAAGUUCAGUACAAUUGACAGAGACAAUGAUGAAUGGCAUUCAAGUUGUGCCAAAAAAGACCAGUCAGGUUGGUGGUUUAAAGCUUGCGGGUAUGCCUCACUUAAUGGCAUCUACAUUGAAAAUGGGAUCGGUGGUAUAUCCCCAGAUGGUGUCGUUAAAGGAAUUCUUUGGUCUAAGUGGAAAAAAAAGUACGGUUAUUCGAUGAAAAAGACAGAAAUAAAGAUAAAACCUCGAGCGCAAGUGCAAAUCGAUAAAGCCAGUAAUAGACAAGAAGGUUCUAGUACCGAAAGUACAGUGACUGAAAAUGACAGUCGAGAAAGUGGAGAAAUGACAACUGGUGGGAUAGAGAACAAAAGUGAUGUAACUGAUAGUGAUGUAACUGAAAAAGAUGUAGUAACUACAUCUGCAACACCUGAUACAACAACAGACUAUUAUCCAGAUGAAUACGAUUAUGACUAUUAUUAGUAUUUAAUACUUUAUCUUUUAAAAUGUCGCUAUAUACUGAUAUACUAGCACAUGUUUUUUUUUUGUUAUGAACAUACAUGUUGCUUAGAUUUUGUUUGAAUGUAACAUCACAGAUAUGUGUGCUUCAAAUAUUGAAAUAUUUUCAAGAGAUCGUACUCGUUUUUAUGCAAAGUUGCUGACUAACCCGUUCAAAGCUCGUGUCAAUGAGUUUAAUAUUUGUAACAAACAGAAAUGAAUAUCAAAGAAGAUGAGUUGCCGAUAAACGUGCGGUCUGUUUGAAAUUGAAUGCGUUUUGUUUACAUGACUUUUUUCUGAUUGUAAUAUUUGUAGAAUAGUUUGAUUUGCAUAAAUGUUUGAUGGUAUAUUUUGUGUGCUUCUAAUAUUUGUAUGUCAUUUGAGCAAAAUUUAUUCGUCCUUAUUUAGAGUUGCUGAUAUCAUGUAAAUGACAGAGUAAUACCUUUUGACAAACUUUGGACGUGUGCUGAUAAGUACAAGCGUUCUGCUUGUAGUUGAAAUGCGUAUUGUCUAGUUGCAUUAUUUUAUGUACUUCUGUUUACAUAAUGUUUCAACGCAUCUUUCACAUUCUUAUUCAGUGUUGCUGUUUUACACACCGGCAAAGGGGUUAUUAGCACGUGCUUAUUAACAGAAAUAUAGGAACAAUUACUGAUAAACAUGUGUUCUAUUUCAUAGUUUAUCUCUGUGUUGUUUCGAUUAUACUUUGUAAAUGUAAAUUUUUGUAACUCUAUCAUGUAUAGUUUUGGUCAUUUUUAACAUAUAUUAAACAUGUUUUUAUUCAGCGUGGCUGUUAUACUUGCAGAAACCAUUUUUACUGCCACAAUCAUGUUUGACCUAUAAACAAAGAGACAUGUAAUAAUUACCUUUUUCUACUGAUUUAAUUUGGGGUAUAUGACGAUUUCAAGGUUACAAGAAAACUCCAAGACAGGCUUCCGAACACACAAAAGUGAUGGAGCUUACUUAACCAUAGUCAUUAUCAGAGCUAGCUUGUCAUGCUACUCAGUUUCUCUUUGUUUGUUUAUAGACUAUUUCCAUCAUUUUAGUCAAAUUUUUUUAUCAUAAUGAAAUUCACAUGCAGUAUUUAAAAGUCAAUACACAACACAAGUGUAUGGAAAUAUAUGCCAACAAAGUGUAUAAUAUGAAGCCAAACAGCCCCAACAUUCAGAUCCUAACGAUAACACUUGCUGCAGAAAGUAUGCAAAAUUCUACAUAAAGAUUACUGAAUACACAAAAUGAAUAACACAAAAAAUGUGCUUGCUUUAAGAAUUAAAAGGAAUCUCGUA